AUGGCAGCUUCCAAUUGGAGCACACACCACCCCUCCACCUUCAUCCUCCUCGGCAUCCCAGGGCUAGAGGAAGCCCACGUCUGGAUCUCCAUCCCCUUCUGCUCCGUCUACAUCCUGUCUGUCGUGGGGAACUGCCUCCUCCUGGCUGUGAUCAAAUCCGAGCCGAGCCUCCAUGAGCCCAUGUACCUUUUCCUCGCCAUGCUGGCCUUCGCCGACCUGGUCAUCUGCACCACCACCGUGCCCAAAACCCUCUGCAUUUUCUGGUUCAGGGACCAGGCCAUUCAUAUCGAUGCUUGCCUGACCCAGGUGUUUUUGAUUCACGCCGUUAGUACGAUGGAGUCCGGGUACAUGGUGGCCAUGGCCUUCGAUCGCUACGUCGCCAUCUGUAACCCUCUGCGACACUCAGACAUCCUGACCCAUCAGGCCAUAGCCAAGAUAGGGUUUGGCGUUGUGGUGAGGGGCGCCGUGUUACUAUAUUGCACAACUAAUAUUGUUUCUCACACCUAUUGUGAGUUCAUGGCACUGGUGAAAUUGGCCUGUGCCGACACGGCGGCCAUGAGUGCCUACAGUCUGGCCGUAGCAUGUUUUGUUGGUGGGGUAGAUUUAGUCCUCAUCGUCCUGUCCUACAUCCUCAUCCUCCGGGCUGUCUUCAGCCUGCCCUCCAAGGAGGCCCGGAGCAAGUCCCUCAGCACCUGCAGCUCCCACAUCUGUGUCAUGCUGAUGUUUUACUUCCCCACAGCUUUCACCUACAUCUCCCACCGCUUCGGCCACAUGGCUCCCCAUGUUCACAUCCUCUUUGCCAACAUUUACCUGCUCUUCCCUCCCAUGAUGAACCCCAUCAUCUACGGGGUGAGAACUCCAGGGAUCCGUCAGAGGGCUCUCCACAUCUUGGGCCUCAAACCAGCCUGA